AAAAACUAUUUGCGGAUGACCGAAUCGCAGUUUAAUCUUCUGCUUUCAUACAUAGAGCAAGAUUUGGUGAAGCAGGAUACUCAAAUGAGAGAUGCAAUUACGCCUGCAGAAAAGCUGUGUUUGACGUUGCGAUUUCUUGCCACUGGAGAAACAUAUCAAAGCUUAAGCUUUCAUUCGAAAUUGUCAAAAUCGGCAAUAAGUGGCAUAAUCCCGGUAGUGUGUGACUCUAUUUGGCGUAGACUAAAAGGCUUACAUAUGAAGUUUCCCAACAGUCCUUCUGAAUGGGAGUCGAUAGCGUACGAAUUUGCUAUUAAAUGGCAAUUCCCAAAUUGCAUCGGUGCUUUAGAUGGCAAGCACAUCACCUUCCGACCGCGUCGCAAAGAUGGAGCAUUCUACCAUAAUUAUAAAGGAACGAACAGCAUUGUUUUAUUAGCGCUCGUCGAUGUGAACUGUAAAUUCAUUUUUGUCGACAUCGGAUGCAAUGGAUGCAAUAACGAUGCGGGCGUAUUUUUGCAAAGCAAGCUCUCCACAUUUUUACGUGAAGAAAGAGGAAUACCCAAGAAUGCUACCAUCGGUAACAACCGGAGUCUUCCGUUCGUUGUUGUUAGCGAUGAUGCUUUUCCCAUGCAGAAGCACUUAAUGAAGCCGUACCCUUAUCACUCUAACUGCCGUGAUAAGCAAGUUUUCAAUUCCCGACUUUCACGCGCCAGGCAUGUUGUUGAGCACGCGUUUGGCAUUUUGGCUAACAGAUUUCGCAUCUUUCUCGCUCCGAUGAAUUUGAAAGUCGAAACAGUAGAAAAUGUUACCUUCGCAUGCUGCGUUCUACACAAUUUUUUAACUUCAAAUAGUACAUUGUCUAAUGUAAAUAAUGGUAGAGCCGAGAGAGUUACUGCAGCUUCAAGUCAAUACAAUCCGCGAAGGGGAGAAGCAGAA